AGAUAUACUCCCAUCUACCGCCCUCCAUGUCCCCUACCCAGACUCUCUUAUACUACACAAACAUCUCCAUUCACCCACACGCCCACUGCGAUCUACCCAGAGCGGCAAACAUUGUGUUGUGUUGACAAAGACUUACAAAAGCUCUUUGUCCCCCUCCUUACUGAUUAGCCUUUUUUCCCACACCACCACCCUCCAUCACCGCCCAAGCACGGCUGACUGUAUUUCUCUUGAGUGAAUUUAUUUCUCGAAAUACGCUCCUGCCAAAAACAGUGACCUGUCCCUCCCCGGACCCUCUAUAUUAGUCGCCAUCUGUCCCUCAGACGUCCAGUGACAAUGGCAGACUACGACUAUCCUCAAUCCCCGACCAUGUCACAAGACAGACACAUGGGCUCAAUGGCCGCAGCCCUCAGAUCGAGGUUGGAGGACCUCCCUCAAUUAAAUAUGGCAAACCUGGGCACACAUUGGAAACGAACGUCUCUCGAAUACCCCAACUCCGCGUCUUCAUCACGCUCUGCAUAUUCAUUCAGCUCGAGACUAUCAGAAGAUACCGACGCCACAGACCUGACUGUCACACCGACCGCCCGCUCACGCGCAAGCACAUUUGACAACACAGAGAGUCUACCUAUGCCCGUUGUGCCGGCAGUGCCAUGCAAACCCCCUUUGAGAGUAGUACUGGGAACAGCUUCGGUCGGAUCGAACUUGUCACCACUCGCCAAAAUCACCACAGUCGAGGACGCCUCGAAGUUCGUCGACUUGUUCCGGUCAAGGGGCUACGCAGACAUCGACACCGCCCGAGCGUACCCAGUGGGUCGAGGUGGCACCUGUGAGAAGCUUUUGGGCGAGGAUGCACUCCGACUAUCCAAAUGGGCCAAUGUUUCGACCAAAGUCUCGAGUUUCAUGCCUGGAUCCCACCGGGCCAAGAACAUUGCCCUGAGCAUUGACAGAUCUCUGGAAGCCCUGAACACCGACACUGUAGACGUCAUGUAUCUGCACGCCCCCGACCGAGCCACCGCAUUCAAGGAGACAUGCGAGGCCAUGGACAAGGCUUACCACGAAGGCAAGUUUGAACGCUUUGGUCUUUCCAACUACUCGGUCGAGGAAGUCGAGGAGAUUGUACGCAUCUGCGAGGAGAACGGCUAUGUAAAGCCUUCCGUCUACCAAGGACAGUACAACCCCAUCUGCCGAGGAGGCGAGGAACGAUUGUUUGCGGUGCUUCGCGAACACAACAUCGCAUUCUACGCUUACAGUCCCUCGGCGUGCGGCUUUUUCUCCAACAAGGUCUCACGGGCAUCGACGAGAGACAGGAACAGCCGCUGGAACAUCGCCUCGCCUCUGGGCGCCAAAUAUGCCGGCGACUAUUUCCAGGAUCCUCUAUUCGCGGCCGCCGAGAUUGUUCGUCAACAGGCCAGAAAAUUCGGUAUCAGUGGUCACGCUGCCGCCCUCCGAUGGACGACCUGGCAUUCGCAACUCGGUGCCGAGUACGGUGACGCUGUCAUCGUCGGCGCAUCCAAGCUUUCUCAACUCAAAGAAAACAUGGAUAUCCUCGAGCAAGGGCCUCUUCCCGAGCCUCUUGUCGAGACCCUCAACAGUGUCUGGGAAGACGUCCGGGCCCUCGAAAAGGGCCCCCGCUUUUCCUUUGUCUAAAUGUAUCACGACUUUUUGCAGGCUACGAAACGGACAUGGCACAAUGAACGGAAUACACGGAGAAAUGGGGGGCUUUCUACGGCGUUGCUUUCUCACGGAACACAAAAAUUCCCCAGUCGUGGGGGUCUUUUUUUCUUCUCACGGAAAGAAUUUUAUCCUUCUAUCACGAUCCCUCAAGUGCUGAGUUGGAUCUAUUGUCUUUUUUUGGCAAACGUUCCAAAACCGAACGUCUUCUUUUUUUGAUUGGAUUGUUACUGUAUGUGUCAUGAUACCCAAUGCGGCUGUAUGUUAUUCUGAGAAACAGCAUGGAAAUGUCUCUCUACCGGUCUCUGGAAGACGCAGGUUGUCAACUAUGGGUCGAGCUUACAGGCUCGUACACCAUGUGAGACCCAGAAUGCUCUGGGAAAGAGGCGUAUCAAGUUGAGAGAUCGCCCACUUCUAGGUAGCAAAAUGGAAACAUCUAUUGGACUAUGCAA